AUGUUGUGGGACUCACACGAACUCCUUGGGCCUGAAGCUGUAGUGUAACUUGCUGUUAUCCCUGUCCCAGAUUUCAUCUUCCAGAAGGAGCUGUUUGCUGCCAGAGACACAGACCCCAUGCACAACCUCUCUGCUCAGCCCUGGCAGGCGAAGAUGGCCAACCUGACCUACGACAACUUUACCCUGGGCAACCGCUCCGAGGUGGCCAUCCAGCCUCCCACCAACUACAAGACGGUGGAGCUGGUUUUCAUCGCCACGGUCACCGGCUCGCUCAGCCUCGUCACCGUGGUGGGGAACAUCCUGGUGAUGCUGUCCAUCAAGGUGAACCGCCAGCUCCAGACUGUCAACAACUACUUCCUCUUCAGCCUGGCCUGCGCGGACCUCAUCAUCGGGGUCUUCUCCAUGAACCUGUACACGGUCUACAUCAUCAAAGGCUACUGGCCACUGGGGGCUGUGGUGUGCGACCUGUGGCUGGCCCUGGACUAUGUGGUGAGCAAUGCCUCUGUCAUGAACUUACUCAUCAUCAGCUUUGACCGGUACUUCUGUGUCACCAAGCCCCUGACGUACCCAGCCAGGAGGACCACCAAGAUGGCAGGGCUAAUGAUCGCGGCUGCGUGGGUAUUGUCCUUCAUUCUCUGGGCCCCUGCCAUCUUGUUCUGGCAGUUCAUUGUGGGCAAGAGGACAGUCCCUGAGAGGGAAUGCUACAUCCAGUUCCUCUCCAACCCGGCGGUGACCUUCGGCACGGCCAUCGCUGCUUUCUACCUGCCCGUGGUCAUCAUGACGGUGCUGUACAUCCACAUCUCCCUGGCCAGCAGGAGCAGGGUGAGGAGGCACAAGCCUGAAAGCAGGAAAGAGAGGAAAGGCAAGUCCCUCAGCUUCUUCAAGGGCCCUGUGAUCAAACAGAACAACAACAACUCCCCCAAGAGGGCCGUGGAGGUGAAGGAGGAGGUGAGGAAUGGGAAAGUGGAUGACCAGCCCUCAGCACAGACAGAGGCCACUGGCCAUCAGGAGGAGAAGGAGACUUCCAACGAGUCCAGCACGGUCAGCAUGACCCAGACCACAAAAGACAAGCCCACAGCAGAAAUCUUGCCAGCAGGGCAAGGACAGAGCCCGUCCCACCCCCGGGUGAACCCGUCUUCCAAGUGGUCCAAGAUUAAAAUCGUCACCAAGCAGACUGGGACCGAAUGUGUCACCGCCAUAGAGAUUGUCCCAGCUAAGGCAGGAGCCUCUGACCACAACUCCCUGGCCAACAGUCGCCCGGCCAACGUUGCCAGGAAGUUUGCCAGCAUCGCCAGGAGCCAAGUACGGAAGAAGCGCCAGAUGGCAGCCCGGGAGAAGAAAGUCACCCGGACCAUAUUUGCUAUCCUGCUAGCCUUCAUAGUCACAUGGACUCCAUACAACGUGAUGGUCCUCAUUAACACCUUCUGUGAGACCUGCGUCCCCGAAACAGUGUGGUCCAUCGGCUACUGGCUCUGCUACGUCAACAGCACCAUCAACCCAGCCUGCUACGCCCUCUGCAAUGCCACUUUCAAGAAAACCUUCAAGCACCUUCUCAUGUGCCAGUACAGGAACAUUGGCACAGCCAGAUAA